AUGCAGCAGGAAUACAUUGAUGUCUCAAAUCAGUAUUUAUUGCAAGCAGGACAACUGUCUCAACAAUACCAAUCAUCGCUCAACUUUUCACAAUUGCCUACCUUCGAUGGUCUGCCAACAUAUUCUAUUUUGCAAUUGACAAAUGAACAACAAAUGCCGGCGUAUAUAGACGAUUCCAAUCUGGCUGUGCAUGAGCAAUUAAUUACAGGCUCUAUUCAGCAACAGAGCGACACUCUAUCUACUCGGCAAAACCAGCUUACGCAUCGGCAGCAGCGUCAACAACGGUGGUUGCCGCAGUACCCGUAUUCGAGGCAACAUGAAGUACAGACAUCAAACGAAUUAUUGACGCUGCCAAACGGAUUAUUUACGCUGCCAAUGCAAUCUGAACAUCAAUUGGACCGACAAAACACGGUUCAAGGUAUGCAUGGAGUUUUUCCAAUCGAGCAAUCGGAGUAUUUCCAACCACAGGUCUAUCCAACGGGUAGUCCAAGUAUCUUUCAGUCGCAAGUAAACAUUCAGCAAGUGUCUCUACAACAAAGUAACUUUGAUCGAUUAGGAAACGGGUUUCCAAAUACAUCUUCCCAGAUGGAAAUCGACGAGCGAUCUUCGCGAUCUCAA